AGAUUCAAUCAUCCGUUAAAACCAAAACAAAACAAAAAUCAAGUGCGUGAGAGAGACGAGAAACAAAACGACUAGACUCUCUUUCUCGCUCUGCGAAUUUUACCUACCCAGCCAUCUUUACCUGUGAUUUCUAACCCUAAUUUACUCCCCCUGAUUCACACUCUCGCUUUCUUUCAUCUCUAUUAUCCUCAAAUCUCCACUUGAUUUAGAAGCGGGAAUUUUGGAUUUUGAUUUGGUUAGCUCGUGUUGGUUGACGGAUGGUUUCUAGGGAGUAAUCCGUGUAGAUUAUGGGCAGUAGUGGGAUGGAUAAAUCACCCAAGGAUGUAAAAGAGGCUAAAGAGCCAAAGACCCCUACUUCUCAGGAGCAGGUAUCAUCUGCUGCUGCUGCUGCUGGCCCUGUUACUCCAGAUUGGUCUGGGUUUCAGGCAUAUUCUCCGAUGCCUCCACAUGGGUAUAUGGCGUCAAGUCCCCAAGCUCCUCAUCCUUAUAUGUGGGGAGUUCAGCACAUGAUGCCACCAUAUGGCACUCCGCCACAUCCAUAUGUUAUGUAUCCCCAUGGUGGAAUAUAUGCACACCCUUCUAUGCCUCCGGGAUCUUAUCCAUUCAGUCCUUUUGCGAUGCCUUCUCCUAAUGGUGUUGCCGAGGCCUUUGUUAAUACACCUGGGAGCACAGAAGCAGAUGGGAAGGUGUCCGAGGGGAAGGAAAAAUUGCCUAUCAAAAGGUCAAAGGGUAGUUUGGGCAGUUUAAAUAUGAUUACGGGCAAAAACAGUGAAGGUAGUAAAACAUCUGGGGCACCUGCCAAUGGAGGAUACUCCAAAAGCGGUGACAGUGCUAGCGAUGGAUCAACUGAGGAAGGAAGUGAUGAUGCAAAUUCUCAAAAUGACUCACAAAUCAAGUCAGGAAGCAGGCAAGAUUCUCUGGAAGGUGAAGCAUCUCAGAAUGGAAGCGCACAUGGUUUGCAGAAUGGACAAAAUGCAAGUCACACAUUGGUUAACCAACCAAUGUCGACUGUACCAAUUUCAGCAGGUGGUAGUGCAGGAGUUAUUCCUGGUCCCACAACCAACUUAAAUAUUGGUAUGGAUUAUUGGGGUGGUCCAACUUCAUCCGCUGUUCCUGCAAUGCGUGGGAAGGUACCUUCCCCUCCUGUUACCGGCGGAAUAGUUAGUGGGGGAGCUAGAGAUAAUGUGCAGCCACAGCUUUGGCUACAGGAUGAAAGGGAGCUCAAGAGACAAAGAAGAAAGCAGUCUAACAGGGAAUCUGCUCGCCGAUCCAGGUUACGAAAGCAGGCGGAAUGUGAUGAGCUGGCGCAGCGUGCUGAAGUUUUAAAAGAAGAAAACGCAUCCCUUAGAGCUGAGCUGAGUCGUGCUAGUAAUGAAUACGAGCAGGCUCUGGCACAGAAUGCACUUCUCAAGGAGAAAAUUGGGGUUCCUGGGGAAGAAGAUUAGUGGCCUGGUAGAAGUGACCAAUGUCAAGAAACUGGUCAUACAGAGCCUGUUCCUCUGUGAAGAUUUAUAUUGAGGGGCCUACCUAACCAUUUAGUAACAAGUAGAAGUCCUUAUUUACAUAUGUAGUUCAAAAUUAAUUAAAGCUGACCAUCUCAUAGUCUCAGGAUCCAUAUAUGGAAGAUAUUUGAUAUAAUCAUUCUCUUCUCGACUGUUCUUUUUAAGUCGUAGAACAAGAAUGGUAUGUAGAGUGUGUAAUCUGUUUAACACCCUUAAUCUGUUGGGAGAAUAGGGUGUUCUGUACCAAAUAUUUGUUGUGUUCUUGUGGAAUAAUAACAGAGUAGACUCAUAAGUAUUUGCAGGGGAAUACAUCUGUUUGCUUGUUCUAGACUAUUUUAAUUUAAUUUGAUAUUUUUUGGCUGAA